AUGUCUUUGGUAUCUUAUGAUAGUUCGGAUUCUGAUGAAGAAUAUGAAAAGAAAACUGGUACAAGAUCGACGUCUAAUGAAAACUUGUUUCAGCAUGCGAGAAAAAUCCCUAAAGGAAUGGGAAAUCAUGAGAAAAUAGAAAGCAACUCACCUUUAAAUAUGGACAAUAAGAUUCAUCACAAUGUUGAUUUGAAAGAAGAUGAUGCAGACCGGCAUAAGAGCUCACCAUCAAAACACUUGAAUGGACCUGUAAUGCUUAACCAACUUUUGCCUGCUCCUCAUCAUGGGAAAAAUAUUCUGCCAAAAAAAUCAAAGCGUUCAGACAUAGAGGCUGAGACUGUACGUGGCAAUACAAAACCAAACGAUGAUGAGAGUUCACCAUUCGCCGAUGUACCUAAUGAUAUAGAAAAUGCCAGUACCGGCUUCAUUUCGCUUUUUAAUGUGUCAACCCCUUAUAGGCAUGCGCAUGAAGGAUCUACAGCAAACGAGCCAUGUUAUGAACCCGUAUUUGUGAAACCUCAACGAAAGAAACAGCGUAUUAAUACAGAAUCUCUGAAAGACUCAAACGAGAAUUCGUCACUGCAAUUUAGCAAACCACAAGAUACCGAAAAAGCGCCAUCACCUGAAGCGGAUAUUAUUGAAGGAAGACGGAAAGAAAAGGUUCGGCUUAUUGACGUUGACAUGAAUCAAUUACCUAAGGUAGAUACUCAAGAAUACACUUCUGCAACACCAUCGAUUAAAAGCGUGGCUCCUGGUCGACAUCAACUAUCAUCCUUGGUUGGAAUGGCUGCAAGUCAAAAGGAGAGUUUCGAAGCAUAUUUUGAACAGCAACGUGCAAACAAAAAGGCUUCGUCAAAAAGUUAUGGGUUUUAA